UGCAAGCUGGGACUGCGUGUCUCCAGUUACGAACUGCGUGUUCGACGCUUUAGUGCAAGCUGGGACUGCGUGUCUUACAAGGAUGAUAUUUGAAUCCAACAAAUGGACCGCAACGGUAAAGAACUUGAAACAAGAUCGUGAACUUACAACCGGCAGUGGCGCAACAUACGACGAUAUUCGUAUAACUUCAGGAAAACCUUGUCGAAAUGUGAAUGAUGAAGAGGACGAUCAGUUCUGGAAUGUAGGCACGGUUAAUGUGUCAAGAAAGUUCAAAGAGUAUCAAAGACAACUAAUAUCAAGUCUUAGACAGAAAAAGAUAAAAUUGACGUGGAGCAAUACAUUCGAGCUGUU